AUGGCUAGAGAGGGUAAAAUGUUUGCCUGUGGACCAUUAGCUCAGCAAUUAUCUAAGGUUCGCGCUCUAAAACGUAAAAUGUUUGGCUUUGGUAGCCAGAUCAACGCCAUACAAACAAAACAAACAACUUCACUUGUUACAGUAAAAUGCGGAGAAUCAGUUCAAUCAGCUACAAAAUCCAUCAAAAGCUAUAACAAGUUAAUGGGAAAAGUCAAUAUGCCUAAAAAGGUUAAAGAAUUAGACCAAGCGGAAAUACUAAUGGAUAUGUCAGAAGAAUACUUAAACAGUUACUUACAUUCUGCAUGCGAUCCUGAUGAUGAAAUUGUCAAUGAAAAGAUUAAGGAAAUUUUAAGUGAAGCUGACGUUUCUGAAUCAAGCCAGUGGCCCAGUAUUCCAGAUGUCAACUUUAGUAAAUUCAGUUCCUUUAGUCGACAUGUUAGCAAUGAAGUGAAGUGA